UCACGUGACUCAGGCGUCAAGAAAUCAGCUGGGGACUCGGAGUUUCACUCAGGAAAUCCAGGUUUGGUGAAUUAUUCUGUGAAGAUCUCCAUCAUGUCCAGAUCAAGCGGAGUUGACGCAAAUGUGCUGGCGCAGACUAUAAGUUCAAAUAUCCAGAGAAUAACAUUGCUAACUAAUGAAAUCCAGCAGAUGAUGAGACAUUUUGGAACAGCACAAGACAUGACUGACCUGCGACAGACAUUACAGGAGAAACAGCAGAAGGUCAAUCAGCUUGCUAAAGUGACAGACAAAUGCAUGAAAGAUUACAGUGCUUUACCUGUGACCACAGAACAGAGGCAAAGAAAAAUCCAGCGAGAACGUCUCAUCACUGAAUUCUCCAAUGCGCUGGCCCUUUUCCAGAAAGCUCAGCGAGAGGUAGCAAAGAAAGAGAAGGAGUUUGUGGCGCGUGUCCGAGCGAGCUCGAGAAUUUCAGGUGGUGAUAUAGAUGAUGGAUUUGGAGGAUUUCCAUCACCCUUUCAAAGUGAGAUUCAUGCUCAAGAUCAGAGAUAUGAGGAGACCAUCACAGAAGAAGAUCUGCAGCUCAUUCAGGAGAGAGAAUCAGCAAUCAGACAGCUGGAGUCGGACAUCACAGACAUUAAUGAAAUCUUCAGAGAUCUGGGCAUGAUGGUGCAUGAACAGGGAGACAUGAUUGACAGUAUAGAGGCCAAUGUAUCAAACGCAGACAUCAGCGUGCAGACAGCCACACAACAGCUGGGCAGAGCAGCAAGUCACCAGACGUCAUUCCGCAAGAAGAUUUUCAUCCUGAUCGCUGUUCUGAUUGUGUUGGCUGUCAUUAUUGGUUUGAUUAUCUGGGCUUCAGUCAAAAACUGAACUGACCAUCAGAUGUCCCACAGCAUUUGCACUGGCAUGUUUGUAAUGAGUUAUGGAGGUUUGUCACUAACUGAAGCUGUCCUGAGUUGCUUUCUAAAUACAGUUAAGAUAUUAUCACUAACAGAAUAUUUAAUACAAGUUGAGAUCUACGGACAGUAUCUUUGGUGUGCAGUUCAUUACCACAGAAACUUAUUUUAACUCCAUUUGUUAAAGCAAAAAAAUCAUUGAGUUAUACAUUCCACAGAGACUGUACAUAGAGCGCUUAACUUGUGUUUAAAAUUGUUUUAACAUUGUUACUGUUAAUAGAUAAUCAUUCCAGCUUCAUGCAUCUUUCACCCAUCUGGUUUGUUAUAGAAGCUGCCAUUUCUGAUAGUAAAAUAGCCUGAAUAUGAGAUUUCAGUGGUUAAAAAUGCAUGGCACAAAUGAAUGUUUUUAUCUCUUAACAGUCAGUAUGAAGCUGCUGCUAUAAAGGUGUAUAAGUGCACUUCACUUUUAAGCUGCUCUCAAACAAUUCAAACUGUAUUUGAAUUUGAGAGAGAGAGAAUACACUACUAGUCAAAACAUAAUCAGUAAGUGUGGCUAAAUUUUUGACUGGUAGUGUAGUUUCAUA